UAGAAUCUCUUCCUUCAAAAAUAUUGAUAUAUCUAAACUUAUCUUUUCCUUGUUAAUAAUUCUAAGAUGAACACUUCCUCUCAGUUUUUCUUUCUUUCUCUCAUUGCCAUUUGGUUCAUAUCUCUUCCAGGUUUUGAAGCUACUACUAUUCACCCCGACGAAAUGAAAGCUCUUGAAGAUAUAGCUAAAUCACUUGGUAAGACGGAUUGGAACUUCAGCAUUGAUCCAUGCAGCAACAAUUCUAACUGGGCCACGCCUACGCCUCGGAUUCAGAGAUUGCAAGUCGUAGUGAACAUUGUUUUUUGUAACUGCAGUGUUGCUGAUGACAACUUCUGCCAUGUUGUUGAAAUAAUUUUGAAAGGGCAAAAUCUCCCGGGGACUCUCCCACCAGAAUUUACCAGGUUGCAUUACCUUCGAACUAUCGACCUCUCUCGCAAUUACUUGAAUGGUACAAUUCCGAAACAAUGGGGCUCCAUGAUGAAUAUUAUUAAAAUUGCUGUGCCCGGAAAUCGUUUAACAGGCUCAAUACCAGUGGAGAUUGCAAACUUAUCUACUCUCCAAACCUUUGAGUUAUCGGAAAAUCAAAUGUUUGGAAAUAUUCCUCCUGAGCUUGGAAAUCUAACCCAGAUUCAAAGACUGCGAUUUUCCUCUAACAAUUUUACUGGAGAACUACCUGCGACAUUAGCUAAGCUCACUACAUUGGAAGAUUUCUGGAUUGGGGACAACCAAUUUUCUGGAAAGAUACCCGAUUAUAUUCAAAACUGGACAAGUAUUAAUAAACUAGUGAUUCAAGGAAGUGGAUUAAGUGGGCCUAUUCCUUCUGGAAUUUCACUUUUGACGAAGUUAACUGACUUGAGAAUUAGCGAUUUGAGUGGAUCUGAAUAUGCACCUUUGCCACAAUUUAAUAGUAUGACAUCGUUUAAAAAUCUGGUUCUGAGGAAUUGCAACAUCAAUGGAAUGCUACCUGAAAAUCUUGGGAAUACGUCAACUUUUGAAUACUUAGACCUCAGCUUUAACAAAUUAAGUGGAAUGAUUCCGAGGACCUAUGCUGACAUAAACUUUACAUACAUAUUUUUGACAGGAAACCUUCUCACUGGACAAGUUCCUUCUGCUUGGGGAAAGGAUUCAGACGUAGAUCUUUCAUACAAUAAUUUCAGCAUCAACGAAGUGAAUCAGAAAUGUCAAGAUCAAAAUCAAAAAGUGAACUUGUUUUCUACUGCAUGGGCACACAACAGAAAACCAACAGCAGUUUCGUGUUUGCAAUUUGAAUGUCCUAAACCCUCAAAAUCUCUUUAUAUAAAUUGUGGUGGAAAUCAAGAAACAGUCAACAAAACGACGUAUGAUGGUGAUUCAUCUGGAUCAGCUAGAUUCCAACCCAGUUCAUCAGGAAAAUGGGCUUCCAGCACCGCUGGUAUAUUCAUGGAUAGUGAUCAACUCAGAACUUAUUCUACCCGACAUAUCUCUAAACUUACUAUGGUCGAUGCUCAAUUGUACACGAGUGCACGUGUUUCUCCUAAUUCUUUGACUUAUUAUGGGUUUUGCCUUGCAAAUGGAAGUUACACAGUAAAACUACAUUUUGCUGAAAUAAUGUUCACGAACGAUCAAACUUAUGGUAGUCUUGGACGACGUGUAUUUGAUAUCUACCUUCAGGGAAAUCCAGUUAAAAAAGACUUCAAUAUUGCAGAAGAAGCAGGAGGGGUUGGUAAGAAAAUCAUAAAACAGUUCAAUGAUAUCGUUGUUACUAGUAAUACCUUGGAGAUCCGUUUGUAUUGGGCUGGAAAAGGGACAAAGUCUCUUCCAAAUAGAUCAGUAUAUGGUCCUCUUAUAUCAGCUAUAUCUGUCGAAUCUGACUCUCCAUCUGGAAGCAUAACUGCAGGAGCUGUGGUUGGAAUUGUGUUUGCAGCAAUAGUUAUUAUCAUUCUUGUAUUUGGCAUACUUCGGUGGAAAGGAAGUUUUGGAAAGAAAAAUUAUUUAGCAAGAGAGCUAAAUAGUUUAGACCUACAGACGGGUAUUUUUACCUUAAGACAAAUCAAAGCUGCAACAAAUAACUUCGAUAUUUCCAAUAAGAUUGGUGAAGGAGGAUUUGGCCCCGUGUACAAGGGAUGUUUACCCAAUGGAACAUUGGUAGCAGUGAAGCAACUUUCUUCUAAAUCAAAGCAAGGGAAUCGUGAGUUUUUAAAUGAGAUAGGCAUGAUUUCUGCUUUGCAACAUCCUUAUCUUGUUAAACUCCACGGUUGUUGUGUGGAGGGAGAUCAAUUGUUGCUGAUAUAUGAAUACUUGGAAAACAAUAGCCUUGCUCGUGCUUUAUUUGGUCCAGCGGAACACCAAAUAAAAUUAGAUUGGUCAAUAAGGCAGAAGAUUUGCAUUGGUAUUGCUAGAGGUUUGGCAUACCUUCAUGAAGAAUCAAGACUGAAGGUUGUUCACAGAGACAUCAAGGCCACUAAUGUGUUGCUUGAUAAAGAUCUUGAGCCAAAGAUAUCGGAUUUUGGUUUGGCGAAACUUGAUGAGGAGGACAAUACUCACAUUAGCACUAAAAUUGCUGGGACCUAUGGAUAUAUGGCUCCUGAAUACGCAAUGCAUGGUUAUUUGACGGACAAAGCAGAUGUUUAUAGUUUUGGAAUUGUUGCCUUAGAAAUCGUUAGUGGAAAGAGCAACACCUUGUAUCGGUCAAAGGAGCAAGCGUUCUAUCUUCUUGAUUGGGCGCAUUUGUUGAAAGACAGAGGUGACCUGAUGGAGCUAGUUGAUAGAAGAUUAGGUUUAGAUUUCGACAAAAAUGAAGCUAUGGUGAUGAUCAAUGUGGCUCUCCUAUGCACCAACGUCACUUCAAACCUUAGGCCCCCUAUGUCCUCAGUCGUAAGUAUGCUUGAAGGAAGGACUGUGGUUCCAGAAUUUGUGUCAGAUUCAAGUGAAGUAAUGGAUGAAAAGAACAUGGAAGUAUUGAGGCAGUAUUACUAUCAGAUGGAAGAAAAUAGUACAAGUAAGUCACAAACACAAAGUCAGAGUUUAUUAAUUGAUGGGCCAUGGACUGCUACAUCUUCAUCAGCUGUAGACCUUUAUCCCGUCCACCUUGAUUCUUCCUAUUGGGAGAAAAGAAAUUAAGCGCGUUUAUUGAUAAAUAAUUGCAUCUUCCGGCUUGAUGUCCUGCCACUGUGUCUUGUGAUGAAGCCAUGAUGUCUUUAAAACUGAGUACUAUCUCCGUCCAUUUGAAUUUUAACCAAUAAUUGUGCGUGCUCUCUAAUGCACUCUUUGCUCUCUAAUGCACUCUUUCUAACAAAUUAUUAUUGGUUAAAAUUUAAAUGGAUAUCACUAUUUUAAUCUGUAUCCAACAAAUCAGUUGGUAUCACAUCAAUUUAGGUAUUUUUAUGAAUUUUAAUCAAUAAAAGAAGGUGCGUUUCGAAAGAGUCUUAAAGAGUAUGUUGUUAUCAGUUUACAUUGUGUUGUAUUAUCAUGUUAUGUAUUUCGACUGAAAGGA